AUGCGCCAGACGGCGGCGCACAACCUCAAGAAGCGCAAGUUGGACCGGCUGGAUGAGCAAGAACCACCACCGGAGAGCGGCAGGGCCGGCGACGGGGUCGGCCUCGACUUCAUCAACGCCCUUCCCGACGACCUCCUGUGCACCAUCAUCUCUCUCCUUCCCACCAAGGACAGCGCCCGCACGCAGGUCCUCGCCCGCCGGUGGCGGCCCCUCUGGCGCUCCGCGCCCCUCAACCUUGUUGCCGACUAUAGCCUCUCCCUCCAGGAGCGUAAGCGCGUCGUCUACAUCUCGAAGAUCCUCGCCGAUCACCCCGGCCCGGCCCUCCGCCUCUCGCUCCCCUGCCUCCAUGAACGCUACCGCGACAAGAUCGACGGCUGGCUUCGUUCCCAGGCCCUCACCGACCUCCAAGAGCUCUGCUUCGGCUACGGCCCCCGAGGCAUCCCGCCGUCCCAUCUGCCGAUGACCCCGACACCCUCGAUACCACAGUCCGCGCUCCGCUUCGCGCCGACACUCCGCGUCGCCAGAAUCAGCUACUGCUAUUUCCCCAAGCUGCCUGCCAAGUCUCUGAAUUUUCCGCUUCUCAAGCAGCUCAGCAUGUACAAGGUCACCAUCUCGGGGCACGCUCUGCACAGCUUGCUCUCUGGCUGCUUUUCACUGGAAAGCCUCUUACUGAAAGAUAAUGUUGGCGUUGGCCGCCUCAGCAUCAGCUCCCCAACUCUGAGGAGCAUAGGCUUUUCUGGUUGUCAUGAGCUGAUCAUCGAGGAUGCCUCUUGCCUUGAGAGGUUGCUGCCACUCUCUCCAGACUAUGGUCCCUCGACAGUCCAGAUCAUCAGAGCACCCAAGCUGCAGAUGACGGUUUUGCUGUCAAAUGGCACAUCCAAACUCCAUAUUGGAACCGCAGGUUUUCAGGAAAUGCCUGCCAUCAACGUGACAACCAUCAUGCAAACCGUGAAGUUUUUGGUUAUCGACUCUGUUGGCCCUGAUCCCAAUGCAGUAAUUGGCUUCCUCAAGUGCUGCCCCUGCCUAGAGAGGCUGUAUAUCAUUUCGCACCUGAGGAAAGGAAUGAAAAAUGUGCGAAAAUAUGACACGCUGGAUCCAAUUGAAUGCCUCACGCUCCAUCUCAAAAGCGUGGUCUUGCAGAACUACUGGGGCAACAAGCCAGAUGUGGACUUUGCCAAAUUUUUCAUCUUGAAUGCAAUGGUGCUAGAACAAAUGAUAUUUAGAACCCUCAACAGCUGCAAUGACAAAUGGAUGUCUGAUCAACAUAGGCGGCUGCAAAUCGACAACAGAGCUUCUCUAGAUGCUCGAUUUGAAUUCAAACGAUAUUUCUGUCGGGAUUGGGCUUGGUUCCACGAUAACAAGCAUACCCAUGAUUUAUCUGUGGCGAAUCCCUUUGCUGAUAGGUUCGAGAAUACCAUCCUUUGACACGGCAUGCCACUAUAUGUCUGGUCUGGCUUCUUUUGUAGUUUGAAGUUAUCCCACUCUUCUGCUUCUCUGUUCGGCUGUGCUUGAACGUUGUUUACUAUCUUUUCUGUUGAUGUCAUAUUGUAAGAUGUGUUGGCUGUUUACACCAUCAGCUAGCAGCUACUAUGCUUCUGUACUGCAUGUAAUGGAGGCAAGGCAUAUGAUAUUUCAGAAGUUUUAUUCCCUUUCCGCUGU